GCUGGGGCGCGUGCGUUCCCGCCAAGCGCGGAGCUUUUGGCGCGCGCGGUAGCGGGUUCACGUGUCGGUGCGCCGGGACCGGGACCGCGAUCGCCACCGCGGCCGGGGCCGCCACCACCGCCAUGGCCCAGCGCCGCCUCACCGACUUCUUCGGCCGCACCAAGGCGGCCGCCGGGGUCUCGGCCAAGCGCGGCGGCGGCCGCCGGCCCAAGGCCGCUCUCGCCGGCUCCCCGGUGCCGCGGGGGACGGAGGAGGACGGUGCCCCGGCAGGGCUGAGCUCGCUGCCCGGCUCGCCGCGCACCCCGGCCCGCGGGGGCUGGCCGGCCGCGGCGGGGCUGGCGGGCAGGAAGCGGAGCCGCCGGGAGAUGGAAGCGGAGACACCGGCGCGGGCCUGGCCCGGGGAGCCGGGCGGGAAAUCGGCGCGGAAGCGGCUGGAGCUGCACCGGGACGCGGAGCCGGGGCCACCGGCCGCGGCCACCAGCCCCUCGUCUCCAGCUGCUCCAUGUCCCCCGACGCCCCCCGCGCAGGACCUGGCAGCGGACCACCCCCCCAACACCAUCCUCUCCCCCGGCCGCGAGCAGGAUGGGGGUACACAGCCCAGCGCAGCCCCCCCGGGGACAGCCAGGCAGCUGCAGCGGGAGGACCUGGCCGAGCUGCGGUGCCGCCUGCAGAGGAUGAAGAUGCUGGCCCAGCCGCCCCCGGUCCCCGCUGAGGCCAGAAUCAGCCUGCGAAGCCGUCUGGAGCAAGUGCGGCAGCUGGAACUGCGGAUCCGCCAAAAGAAAGCGGGAAGCAAAGCCGUGCUGGAGGCGCAGCCGUCUGAGGACACUGGGGUGGCAGCUCCUGCAGCAGAGGCUGGCAGCGAGAAGGCCCCUGCGUACCAGCGGUUCCACACCCUCGCGCAGGACCUGCCCCCAGGGCUCACGCUGCCCUACAAGUUCAAGGUGCUGGCGGAGAUGUUCCGUAGUGUGGACACCAUUGCUGGGAUGCUCUUCAACCGUGCCGAGACCAUCACCUUCGCGAAGGUCAAGCAGGGGGUGCAGGACAUGAUGCGCAAGCAGUUUGAGGAGCGGCACAUGGGGCAGAUCAAGGCGGUAUACCCCACCUCGUACCGGCUGCGCCAGGAGAAGAACAUCCCCACCUUCAGCAACGGCAUGAAGAAGUCUGACUACCAACUCACGCUGGAGCCAGUGCUGGGGGAAGAGGAGAAAGUGAAUGGCCGCCCACACUUGUCGGCGUUGCGCUUGCUGGAGCGCAGGAAGGAGUUCAACCACAACCUGGUGAACAUUGUCAAGCAGCACCACAAGGCAUUCCUGGCUGCCCUCAACCCUCCCAUGGUGGUGCCAGAGGAGAAGCUGACCCGCUGGCAUCCCCGCUUCAAAGUGGAUGAGGUGCCGGACAUCAGCCCAGCAGAGCUGCCACAGCCGCCCCAGGAGGACAGGCUCACCACAGCCCAGGAGGUGCUGAGCACGGCUCGGGGGAUGCUGAUCCCUAAGAUGGAAAAAGCUCUUGCCAACCUGGCCUUGAGAACCGCUGAAGCCGGUGCAGGAGAACCGGCCGUUUCCAAAGCACCGUCCCCUGCCAGCACCUCCAGUGCUCUGAAAGGGGUGUCCCAGGCCCUGCUUGAGAGGAUCCGGAUGAAGGAGGCGCAGAAGCUCCAGGCGUUGAUGACACGGGACCCACAGCAAGAGGAGCGGCUCGCCAUGCUGGGGCGGCUGCCGGCCAUGGCCCGCAUCCUGCGCAACAUCUUUGUGGCCGAGAAGAAGCAGGCGCUGACCAUGGAGGUGGCUUGUGCCCGCAUGGCUGACAGCUACGCCACACAGAUGCCUCCCGGUGAGAUGGAGAAACAUUUGCACCUCUUCGCAGAGCUGCUGCCCGACUGGGUGGGAAUCCAUGCCAUCAGGACAGACACCUACAUCAAACUGGACAAAGGGAAGGACCUCAGCCUCAUCAUCCAGAGGCUCACCAAGGCAGCAAGUGAGGCAGAAGCCCUCUGAGCCCCCCAAGGGCUGAGGCUUCCCCUGUUCAAUCUCCUCUAAAUGUAGCAAAUCUCAACUGCG